UCAGCAUCUUAUAUAAUAAUAUAACUUCGAGUUGCAAUAGGUUGUAACGGAUCGCAAAACGUAAAGUUUGAACCCCGCCGGCCCCGCCUACGAUGAUACUUUCAGACCCGGUUGUUGACAAAAUCAGCACAUCAGCGACGGAGAUAGAGCUACAUAUAGACGACGAGCUGUGGGGAAAAUCCUGAAACAAGCUGGUGAUGGUCAAGAGGCUAGAGAGGAUGAUUGUUAAGCAGGGCAAAUGGGGCGCUGGGUGUUCUAUUAUAGAUAACCAGUUGAUGAAAUACGGGCAAAUUCUCCGGGCUCAUUACAGUACCGUAACCUUAGCUAGGCUAUGCCGAGUGCGGAAGGUUGGGCAAAAGAUUUUACGCACUUUGUUACAUCCAGCUUACAUCUGGUGUCAUAAUUGAUCUGGGUUUGUGAACCGCAAAGGCCAGUGUGCUGCGGCGUACAGGAUGAGAGGGAGAACAUUUAUGAUCGGAAAGCUCUCUUUGCCGCAGGAGGUCCCGACUAAUUAAUUGAUCUUUUUCAACACUACCAGAACACUACAUAGUUUGUAUGGAUAAGGACCCCGUCUUAGCACGAACAACAGCAGACACAGAUAGACAGAACAGAAAUACUCAAGACUCAAGGGCAUCCACUGAGCACUCCUCCCACAUUUUACCUAAAACAGCAGUAAGUGGAUCCAGCGCCGGGCCUCGUUGACUGUAGGCUGCGGGGGGUAGGAACAUGAAGUGUCGAUGAAGGA